AUGUUCACCGGAGAUCCCUAUGCGUGGCCGUCGCGCCGCUCGCCCGUCCUCGCGACGAGCGGGAUGGUCGCGUCUUCGCAGCCGCUCGCCAGCGAAGCCGGCCUCCGCAUUCUGCGGGCCGGCGGCAACGCGGCGGACGCGGCGGUCGCCAUGGCGGCGGCUCUUGCGGUGUGCGAACCGUGCAGCACCGGACUAGGCGGGGACGCCUUCCUCCUCUUCUACCGCGCAUCAACGCGCACAGUCCACAGCAUUCAGGGCAACGGCCGCUGCCCCGCCGCGCUCUCGCUCCCCCACCUCGCCACACUUGGUUUCUCCCCCGCGCACCCGCUCCCCCCCUUCCACCCCCUCACCGUCACCGUCCCCGGCGCCGCCGCCUGCUGGGUCGACACCAUCCAACGGUUCGGAUCGCGCCACGUGUCUCUGCGGGAGGCGCUCGAGCCAGCCGUACAGCUGGCGGAAGGCGGUUGGCCCGUGCCGCCGCUGACAGCUGGACAGUGGGAGCGAGGCGUGGAGCAGUUGAAGCAGGGAGGGCCACAUGGCGGCGAGCUAUUGGUGGAGGGGGAGAGGGCGCCGAGGGCUGGGGAGGUGAUGAGGAACCCGGGCAUGGGCAACACGCUGAGGCUGCUCGGAGAGAAAGGCAGGGAUGGCUUCUGCACAGGCCAGAGGCUGAGCAUAGCCACAGCAGUGCAGGCCCAAGGCAGGGUGCUUUCUCUUCAUGACCUCAUACUUGAUACUUCCCUACUGUCCCUCUCCCUCUUUCCCCCACCAGAAAUAGGCAAGGAGGGGUUUUACACAGGCCCAGUGGCUGAAGCGAUAGCACAGCAGUGCAUGCCCAGGGCGGGUUGCACUCUCUGCACGACCUCAUGCUUCAUGCAUCGCUGCUGUCCCUCCGUCCCCUCUCUCCCACUCACAACAGAGAAAGGCAAGGAGGGGUUCUACACAGGCCCGGUAGCUGAAGCCAUAGUGACAGCGGUGCAGGCUGAUGGCGAUACUUGCACCUUGCACUCCCAACCUAACCAUGCCUCCUCCCUUUCCCCCCCUCCUCACCUCACUCCCUCCCCCCAACCAGAGCACGGCAGGGAUGGGUUCUACACAGGCCCGGUAGCCGAAGCGAUAGUCACAGCAGUGCAAUCCCAGGGCGGUGUGCUCUCUCUGCAAGACCUCGCCUCGCACACCUCCUCCUUCGCCCCACCCAUCUGCACCACCUUCCACGGCCUCACCAUCUGGGAGGUCCCUCCCCCCACCCACGGCCUUGCUGCGCUCAUCGCUCUCAACAUCACCGAGGCUUACUAUUCCACGCACGGGCUUCCCAAGCCUGCCCGGGAGGCUCGGGGAGCGGGGCCCGAACCUGCGGGCGAGGCUCGGGAGGAGGGGUGGGUCAAAGGGGAGGCGGAUUAUGCACAUGUGAUGAUCGAGGCUAUGCGGAUGGGGUUUGCAGAUGCGCUGGCGUGUGUGGCUGACCCAGAGCACGUGCAGGUGCCUCUGGGGAAGGUUUUAUCUAAAGAUUAUGCAGCCAAACGAGCCGGGGAGAUAGAUCUAAAUCGGGCAGCGAUCGUUGAGCCAGGGAUUGGGGUGUGGGGAGGGGUUGGGACCGAUACGGUGUAUUUCUGUGCGAUGGACGGGGAGGGCAAUGCGUGCAGCAUGAUCAACUCAAACUACAUGGGCUUUGGCACGGGGAUUGUCCCCCAGGGGUGCGGCUUCCCUCUGCAGAACCGUGGGCAUAACUUCUCCCUUGACCCCUCCCAUCCCAACUGCCUGGCGCCGGGCAAACGCCCCUACCACACCAUUAUUCCUGGCCUCGCCACCUGGGGGGAUACCCCUGCUACUGCAGCAGCAGCAGCAGCAGCAGCAGCAGCAGCAGCAGAAGCAGCGGGAGCAACGGCAGCGGCAUCAGCAGGAGCAGGUGCAGCAGAAGAGUCGAGAGCAGAUGAAGGGGUGCCAGCCGGGGACAUGCACUGCACGUUCGGAGUAAUGGGUGGGUUCAUGCAACCCCAAGGCCACCUGCAGGUGGUAACCAGCCUCGCCCUGCUCUCCCUCAACCCCCAGGCUGCCCUUGACCGCCCCCGCUUCUGCCUCUCCGGCCUCCCCUCUCUCUCCCCCCCUGGGCACGGGCCCGGGCCAGUGAGAGAGAGCCACGUGGCGGUUGAGGAGGGUCUGGGGAGGGAGGAGAUGGCAGAGGAGUUGAGGAGGCGGGGGCAUCGGGUGGAGGUGGUGAGGGGGGAGGCGAGGGAGGUGUUUGGGAAGGGGCAAGUGAUUGUGAGGGAGAGAGGGAGUGGGGUGCUGUGGGGUGGAUCGGAGGGACGGGCAGAUGGCUGUGCCAUGGGGUUUUGA